AUGUCGUCCACCAACAAGAAGUGCAGAACAAAAGUCAAAAUAAGGGACAGGAUCAGUGGUUUGCCAGACUCGUUGCUCCUUCAUAUUCUCUCUUUUCUUCCCACUAAACGAGCAGUUACCACAAAUCUCUUGUCAAAGAGGUGGAGGUCGCUUUGGCUUUCCCUUCCCACUCUUGACUUUAACCGUGGAAACUUCAAGAGUCUUUCAUUUUUCCAUCGAUUCGUAGACAAAGUGCUGAAAUUGGUAGAUUUGAAAUCUGUCAAAAAGUUUGUUUUUCGGUGUGAUCAUUAUGAACCUCGUGAGUAUUUUAGACCUCGGAUGAUUAGCAAGUGGAUUGAUGCUGUGAUUAAUAAUAAAGUUGAAGACUUGGAGUUACGUUUGAACUUGCAGAAGGGUUCCUAUGAGUUGCCCUCUAUUGUUUUCACUUCGAAUUACAUUAAGGUUUUGAAAUGUAGCGGAGCAACGACUGUGUAUAGGGGGCGCAAUGGAGUAACUCUGGGCGCUCUUUCUCAUGUUAAUUUGCCUUCGCUUGAAGUAUUGUAUAUGGAGAACGUUAAAUUUCCAGAUUUUGGAAGCUUGGGAAUGGUUCUUUCUGCAUGUGCUUUGCUUAAAGAAUUGGUACUAAAAAUUUCGCUUGUGGGCGAUUGCCCUACACUUGACAUUGGAAGGCUUAACCAUCUGGUCAGUGCAGAAGUUCCACAAUCUCUGCUUCCAUUGAAAGUUAUUUCUAAUGUCACAUUUCUACGCUUAUAUCGACCUCGGGUUAAAUGGCCGUUUAAUGAAGAUAUCCCAAUGUUUCACAAUUUAAUCCACCUGGAAUGUCAUGCUGAAGAGUGGACUAGGAUGGUGAAUUGCCUUGAAAACUUCCCCAAACUUCAAAAGCUUGAAAUUUACGAGCUUCGUUCUGCGUCCCCUCCUCAACCAAUACUUGAUGUGCCUUCAUGUGUUUCAUUACAUCAUCUGAAAGAAUUCACUCUUCUCAGCUUCGAGGGUUCUGAAACUGAGAGCGAGUUAGAAAUUGUGAACUUCAUGAUAAAGCAUGCUGGCGUUUUGAGGACUGUCUACAUUUGUGCUGCUCCAAGAGCGUAUAUGCUCCCGAGGUUCAAAAAAUUAGCGGAACGUCUGAAAUCAGGCUCUGGGAAGCAAGAACAACCACUUGUAUUUAUGAUUUCUUGA